GUUGGGCUUUUUAAGUUUGAGACUUGGCUCUGACCUGCAGUUUCCAACGGGGUCACAGAGACAGGGAGCGGGGAGGAUUUGCUGCGGCAUUGUGGAGAGCGAUCACAGACAGGCAACAAGCUCAGCUCCGGCUCAGCUCCGGCUCCCACCCAUGGACGCCCCAGCCGAGAGGGACAGAGCCUGGGCAGCAGCUCGAAGCCUCAACUCCAGGUUCCGCACUGCCGGAGGGAGAGCUCGGCGUCUUCUCGAUGAAAAGCGGAGACGGUUCUAGGCACCAGAGGGAAAAAAGGUCAUUCUGGAUUGAAUUAUGGCUCCACUCUGGGUCAUCUGGUAUUCAUUGGCUGUGGCUUUCAGUGACCCUGUUCAUUCUGCAGAUGGGCCUAAAAUUACAGAAUGUCGCUCACUGGAGGUGGAAACCUUCACGUGCAGAUGGAGUGUGGGAAACUACCAGAACCUGACAGAACAUAGCCAACUAAAAUUCUUUUAUACAAAGGGAAAAUAUCCCAACUGGAGGGAAUGUCCAACAUACAUCAAUAGAGAAAGCACCUGUUACUUCAAUCAAACAUACACUAUGGAGACUGAGUACUGUGUGCAACUGAAAUCUGGCAACAUCACACAUGAGCAACGAUGCUUUACACUCGAUGAUAUUGUCAAACCAGAUGCUCCAAUCUCCUUGAACUGGGCUCUCCUGAACAUCAGCCAAUCAGGAUUAUUCAUGGACAUUCAGUUGUGGUGGGAGGACAUGGCCAAUUCCGACAUCAGCUCAGGAUGGAACCCACGCAAAUAUGAAAUUCAGUAUAAACCCCGAGAGGCUGAACUCUGGGAAUCGAUUGAAACCUUGCCAAACCAGCAUCCACCACAGCCACUCUACAACUUUGCAACGGGGAAGGAGUACGUUGUCCGACUCCGAUGUACAUAUCCCAACAUUGGCAAUUUCAGUGAAUUCAGCAACAUUUUAAAAGUGUUCCUUCCAACGUCGCAAUCAGUAGAAGUUCCUUUGGAAAGACCUAGGAUUACAGAAUGCCGCUCACCAGAGCAGGAGACCUUCACAUGCAGGUGGAGUGUUGGAAACUAUCAGAACCUGACAGAACGAAGGCGGCUGAGGUUCUUUUACACAAAGGGGAAUGAUGCUGACUGGAAGGAAUGUCCCAAAUACAUGCACAACGAAAACUCCUGCUACUUCAACCAAACCUACACCUCCAUCUGGAUUUCAUACUGUGUGCAGCUGAAAUCUGACUUUCAGGAUCAGAACAUCACUUUCGAUAAACGCUGUUUCUCCAUCGAUAACAUCGUGAAACCUGAUCCUCCAAUUGCACUGAACUGGACGCUGCUGAAUAUCAGCCAAUCAGGACUGCUCGCUGACAUUCAGGUGUUCUGGGAGGCGCCACCAACUGCUGAUAUCAGGAAUGGAUGGAUAUCUCUCAAGUAUGAGAUCCAAUAUAAAGCUAGCGAGAAUAGCCACUGGGACUCGAUUGAGGCUUUUUCAACCUCCCAUCCAGUUUAUGCACUUAGUACUGGCAAGAGUUAUGAAAUCAGGCUCCGAUGUAAACAGAUUGCCAAUGGGGAUUUUAGUGAGUUCAGUGACUUGAUGUACAUCUUCAUUCCCGCACCACGAUCAGUAGAAGAAGCAGGACUGUUGUUCAGGCUGAUCCUGGUUUUUGUUUUACUGGGCAUGUCCUUGAUGCUGCUGUUGAUCCUAUUCACCAAGAGCCAGCGAUUGAAACUCUUCUUCCUGCCUCCUGUUCCUGUGCCCAAAAUCAAUGGAAUUGACCCAGAUCUCCUUAAGAAGGGUAAAAUAGAUGAAGUGAACUCAAUUUUUGCAAACCACCUGAGCUACAAGUCUGACCUAUAUGUUGAUGACCCCUGGGUAGAGUUCAUUGAUGUUGAUCUUGACGAUCCAGAUGGGAAGGCAGAGGUGUCAGACACAGACAGACUCCUUGGCCAAGACCACCUGAAGUCCGACAACUGCCUGAGUGUCAAGGACGAUGACUCUGGCCGCGACAGCUGUUAUGAACCAGAUGUUUCUGAGGAAGUCACUGUUUGCAAACAAAGUCCCAGUGAAUUAAGCAGCCUCCAGUUGGAAGCCAACGAAAGAAAAGAUGACUUCAAGGGUGAUAUUGGAGUUCCUUUAGGUAUUUCAGGUGCAGAUACCAAAUGGAGCCAGCAACCAAACAGUGAGGAGUGCAAGUGCAGUAAAGUGCAAAUGGUUACCACAGACAACGGAUUGUCAACAGUAACUAAAAAUGGGCUCAAUCAACCACCUCUACACAGUCAACUCAGUAACCAGAGCUCAUUUGGCAGAAUGGACUUUUAUGCACAGGUAAGUGACAUCACCCCCACAGGGGGUGUCCUCCUUUCCCCAGGGCAGCAGAAUAAACUGCAGGUAUCCCUGGCCAAAGAAACCUCACUGGAUCCCAAGGCAAAUCAGAAAACCAAACCAUCAGACAGCGCCUACACAUCUGAGGUUGACGCAAAGCAGUUCUGUGCCAUCAACUCAAGCAAAGAGAGCCUACCAGAUACAGGCGAAAACCUUAAUACAAGCAGUUAUUUCACCACAGAAAGCCUUGCAAAUGCCACGGUUGCUUCUUGUAAACAAACAGAAAACACAAGGCAGCCAACAGUACCUGUCCCAGACUAUACUUCAAUACACAUGGUGGACUCUCAGCAGAGCCUACUGUUGAACCCAAAUGUGCUGCCUAGCAAGAAUCAACCCGCCUUAGCUGGAUACCUGAUGCCUGAACAACUUGGUAAUGUCAUCCCCUGACUUCAGCCAUGAAGUGUAGGCUGCAUCAUUGUAAGCUUCUGACAGUGGCGUCACAUAGACCUUGCGUACAAUGAUUUAAGAAUAAUAUUCCCCAAAAUACACAAAAUGGUACAACCGUUAUGAAAUAUUAUGAUUGAUAAAUUAAGACUAAUAAUUAUUUUAAAUAUCAGCUAUAUUUGUUAGCAUGAGAUAAAAACCUGUAUUUUUAUAAAAACAGAAACAAUUUCUAAAAUUAAACCAGCCCCAUAUUAAAAGGAGCUGAAAAUGACUGGAAGAGUGCUCUCUGUCGAUAAGGCUGGAAACACUGUUCCUCAGCAAACCAUCUUCUGAAACACUCAGAAAUGUCUGUACUUCUGCAAAUUUCCAGAGUUAACUGUGUUGCUUCCUCGAAACUGUGUCCGAAAGGAACUGAGAAAGGCCCAAUGCCCGUCACCACUUGUUCCAAAUGGGAUGACAGUUCAUGAAGAGCUGUAAUAUUCUCCUCAUUUUAGUCGGACAGGAUGGGCAGGAUUUCAAACAGAAAUCAUGCCUUAAAGGGGGGCUUUCAGCAACCAAACAAAUCUCACUAUUGUGAAAACCUUUAAUGAAUGUAACCAUUCGCACCCUCCUUAGAGGGGAGAACUGAGCACUUCACAGAGAGGAAACGCCCUUUUUAAGACUCUCUUUCAUUCACUGUUCCCUGAUAGAAAGCCACACAGUGUGGUUAGACAGGUAGGGAGAUUCUGAAUGUCUCAAACUACCGAGAGUUCUCGCGUUUGGCAUCACCUAAGCAUUGUAUGUAGGAUGUUAAAUAUAAGUGAAAAUAACAUUACAAUACAAAUUCAUUUGCUAUCA